AUCGGCGAGUAAGCGUCCGGUGCUAAAAGUGCAAUGCGUGGUGCAUGUAAACAAAAGUGCGUCGAGUGUCAGUGUGAUGUUCGGCAACGGUGACGCAAGUCUGUAAUAGAUGUUAAUUUGGUCAAACGAUCCAGUGGACGUCGCCGCCAACGAUUGUCUUCGUCAGAGAUUGCAGCGUGUGUCUUCUUCGAUCUGAAUUUCCAGCGGACCAGCAUAGAGUCUCGACGUUGUACCAUUUCCACGUGUAUGUGGCCCCACGUACGUCAAUUAACGUGACGCCGGCUGAAUGAUUGGACCGACUUCUGGCUACGGACCGGAUGUGACCGAUGUGUGGUUUUUCCGAUUCGCCUUGGAAAAUUGCCGGAUGACGGACAACGUGUUCUGCGGUCGUUGAGAAACCUUAGGAGGAGAGAGAGAAAGUGGUCGGGGCGAGGUGUCGGGGAGAGAGAAAGAGGCGAGAGAGUUUCGAGUGGCGAGGGUUCCAAGCGUGUUCGGAGGGGGUUGGCAGGCGGAGGAGAGUGUAGACGUCGUCGCAAGAAUGGGGGAGAAUCCUCGUGAGCAGCAACAACAACAGCAGCAGCCGCUACUUCGUUCGAUCAACAACGAUCACAGGUCCUUCGUAAAGUUCAUCAACAAAACGGUGCACAGCAUCGUAUUGUACUGGAUCGAUUACCAGGGCCAGGCGGUCAGCUACGGGGUGUUACCGCCUGGCGAUUGCCUGGAUAUCGACACGUUCGUCACCCAUCCGUGGAUCUUCGUUGACAAGGAGACGAAUGACAGGUACACGGUGAAUCAGAAGGACGUCUUCUUCCCGGAGCCGUGGUUCGCCAGGUAUCGGGGCCUCAGGCGGAGCCAACUGCCCCAAAGGUGCGAACGAACCCACGUGCACAUCACGCUGCCGGUGUACACGUUGCGUGAGCUUGCUCUGAGGGCGAUCAAACGUCGUCUGUCCAACGAUCGACAGGCGUUUCAGCUGGAAAUACCGAGGAGCUUGCAGUACGAGCUGGCGACGAUGCUGCCCAGGAACAACGAUCCGAACUCGUAGCGAUCGAUCCACGACUGGUCUCCUCGGAGAUGUAUCAUCGAUCACUUCUAACGCGCAUACCCUAAUUAAAGAGGUUAGGUGCCAUACGAAUGGAAAUUUGUUCGAGUAACGUCUCGAAUAAGCUUGUAUUCACGACAAUCCUUUGGGUAACGCAUUAUUUUUUAUCGGUGAAAUAAAUUUAGUCGAAUAAGCAGCGGUGUAACUGAACUGACCAUGCCACGAGGGAUCUAGAUAGGUAGCCUAAACUGGUAUCAGUGGUUAUGGUUUUGAUACUGGGAUUUUCAAUCGGCGUUCACAGGUGUGUGGUCCCUUUGACACCUGUGUGUUACGUUCUCGUGAUAGAAUUUUCGAACUUUAAUUGUUAAUAGCAAAAUGCUCUCGGGAGAUGUGUAUUGGAGAAACGUUCUUCGUCGAUCGCUAGGACUAUGGACUGU